AUGAGUUUUACCCCUCCUACUGUCCAUCCUGGCUUUCAGCGUUACUUGCCUGGCCACCUGCCGAAGCAGCAGCGGCGGCUCUGCGUUGGGAGAACGAACCGCAAGACACACGAGGCUGAUCAAAUAACCAUCAUACAGAACGAAGUAGCACAACAGCUGAACCUGCCUAAUCGAUUAGCUCAGUCAGUGGUGCCAUCACUCACAGUCACACGUGCUGCUGUCGACUCUAGAAAGAUAGCACCCUUAGACUUUAUUGAAGAGACUGGUAAGAUCUCACGGAAAAGUGGCGCUAUUGCCAGUGAGGGAAGCAGCAGCGGGGCAAGCGGCAAGAAAAAUAGAGCUGAGGAAUUCACUACAGUCCAGUCGCUGAUCGCAUCAAAUGCUACAGGUAAAGAGCACGGCUUUACCCAAGAGACAUUUUACUUUGGAACCCGAACAUUGGGCGGUGCAGGACAGAUGGAGUACAACAACCCACGUGAUCACCAUAGCCACAAUCACACUGUUAGUAUGUGGAAUACACGCAAGCACUUCGAUCCAGAGGUUUGGUUAGAGAAGGCCGUCCAGCACCCUUCCACGUCACCGCGAAAGGUGCACAACAAAACGCCCAGAGCAGAAAAUUCAAGAGAUUCGGAAAUCGGCAAUGAACAAAUAGCGCACUGCAGCAGCAAUACGUCCUCCACGUGCCUCGUGACGCCCGCACAACCCAACAGAAACGCACCCUCGCAAUACCCAGUCACGAGUCAAAAAAGCACCGUCACAACACCAUGGAUCACAGAAUACGUACCCCCCAACUGCUACGAUGUACCGCCACCAAAGCUUCGUUUCGAGCUCACGGAUUAUCAUUCAACCUUCCACCACACAGAGGCGCAUCGCGCAUCCGCACUCUACCCCAACGCAGAGGAACAAUAUAGCUCUACACAGAAAGUACCCCUUGCAACACCUACUGGAAGCACAUUAAACACCCCGGGGCGACGACGGUAUCCCCAACGCCCAAAAUAA